UCUAUCUUUUGAUACUAGCAAUACUGAAAUCAUAUGACAGUCAGCCACUUAUUUUCGAACAAAAUGGCUGUGAAAAUGGUACUUUUCUGGGUUUCUCUUAUUUUCUCUAUCAUCGGCUCAAAUGCCUCUGGUGAAUUAAGUAUACUUCACACCCCUCCAUCCCUUAAUUUUGCCGGAGCCUUCGAGACAUUGGAGAGUUAUUUGAAAGAAAUUUACUCAGCUGCACUUGGGUUGUCUGUAGAAGAGACUCCUCACUGGAAUGGAAUGUAUAUAUUAGAUCCGUUCAGCACUCCUGAAGCAGUUGUAGAAGUAUACAUUGAUGGAGUGGUCUCCUUAUCAUCCGCUGCUGAUCUGAAAUCUAAGAAUUAUGUUCUGAAAGUUGAUGAAUAUGAACCAGAUUCAUUUGAUACUAUGAAACAUAGAAUUCAUCAGCAUUACCAAAACAAUGCUAAUAAUGUGAUUCAACUUAAUUUGAUUGAUACUGACCAGUUGGCUGUGUACCAAAGUAUAUUUGGGGACAUUCAACCUGACAAACCAUCAAGAGCUGAACAUUUGCGAUACAAUGUUGAGGAAGAUUACCUAUUUCUGACAGAGUUGGAAACAUUGAAAGCUUUGACUGCAAGAAUUCACAAAAUCACACCUGACAACUUGGUUGACUUCUACACUCUCCGGUUCAUUUCACUUCAUGCUCUUUCGGAUUUCCAUGGCCCCAACUCCAAACAAACUAAGGAAGCCAAAAAGCUUUUAGGCGCAGCUUUGAAGAGUCUUAGCACUGCCUUUGCGAGAGCUUAUGAUGGUUCUGUCCUGGUGGUAGCUGUCACUACAGAUGUGGCGCACACCAGGAGAGCAGUUCGUUCCGUAAUCAGUCGGCAAACCCCAGCCAAUGUGACAAUACCCGCACCUACCAAUUAUGCAGCCAUCUUCAACAUCAUGCUGUGGUUCGGAGUGGUGUUCACGUUCAGCCUGGUUGCCAUUGUGUACGCCAUCAUGGACAUGGAUCCUGGCAGAGACUCCAUUAUCUACCGCAUGACCAGCACCAGGAUGAAGAAAGAUAACUAAAUAAUAGUUAUUAUAAGCUUAGUUCGUAUUUUGAUUGUUGUAUGUGAAAAUCCUUGGACUCGCACCCAAUCAGUGCAGUGCAGAUUGAGUAUUUAACACUUGCCCUUAAUACUAAUCAAAAUACGGACUAGGCUAUAUACAUAGUGUUGUACAAGCUCAAGUUUCAAGUCAGUCUAAUAACUUGAUUUAUCUAUGGUGUGUACAUAGAAAUGUACUUUUACUUGAAAGGACUAAACUGACUUGUGAGCUAAGACUCGAAACGAAGGUUACUGGAUUCGAGUUUAUUACAACUUUGAAUUAGUUUAUAUUAACCUGGUUUUGAAUAUUACCAGGUAUAAGUCAAAACAUCUGUGACUGUUUGUUGAUCACAUUCGCAGGCUUUCCAUCCUAGAUAAACACUGCGAAUAGUGAUUAGGUACUACAUAGUCAAAUGUGUUAAUUUGUUGAAAUUGUAAAUUUGCGAGCAAUUUUGUGUUUAUUUGCGUUGUUUAUAAAACAAAAUGGUUACCUAACAUUUGAAUUAUUAUAUUCUAUGUUUUACUGUAAGCGAAAGAAUAAAGUGUAAUAAAAAUAUGUAGAGAAUAAUGUUUACCAACAUACUUUUUCUCAGUGUUAGUAUGUAGCAGUAUUACAUAAAUAUUUAUGAUGAAAAGUGUGUUUUCUUAGAUUACUGGUCGUUGUUGAAAUACAUUCCCUCUACAGUAA